UGCUUAUGAGGCAGCAGACGGGGGCCGGGCGGCUGGGACUCUUCGUUCCCUUGUGUGGAGGCUGCUGGCGGCAGGCGCCUUCCUGUGCUCCCUUACCUGAAUGUGGAUACCCUCAGGGGGUGCCCGGCUAGCUCACACUCGCUGUCUAGUUAUAUCCGAGGAGAGAAGGCUUCCUGUGUGCUGCCAUGCUGUGCUAUGUGACCAGACCGGACUCGGUGGUGAUGGAGGUGGUGGUGGAUGCCAAGGCUAAUGGAGAGGACUGCCUUAACCAGGUGUGUGAGCGACUGGGUAUUAUUGAAGUGGAUUACUUUGGUUUACAGUUCAGUGGAAGUAAAGGAGAAAGUCUCUGGCUGAAUCUGCGAAACCGAAUAUCCCAGCAGAUGGACGGGCUGGCUCCCUUCAGGCUGAAGCUAAAAGUCAAGUUUUUUGUGGAGCCCCAUCUCAUUCUUCAGGAGCAGACCAGGCACAUGUUUUUCUUGCACAUAAAGGAAGAUCUCCUGGCUGGUCGACUGCACAGUUCUCCAGAGCAAGCGGUGGAGCUGAGUGCUCUAAUAGCCCAACUGGAAUAUGGAGACUAUAACCAGAACACUGCCCGAUACCAAAAUAUCUGUACAAAGGAGCUUGAAUCUACUAUGUUAGAAAGUAUUAUUGAAAAGCACAAAAGCUUGGAAGGACUAAGCCAGGCAUCGGGAGAGUACCAGGUGCUUCAGAUCAUAUCCACACUGGAAAACUAUGGGGUAGAGUGGCAUUCUGUACGAGAUGCUGAAGGACAAAAGCUUGUAAUAGGAAUAGGUCCUGAAGGCGUGUCAAUUUGCAAAGAAGACUUCAGCCCAUUGAAUAGGAUUACGUAUCCAGUUAUCCAAAUGGCAACACAAUCUGGAAAGAACGUAUACUUGACGAUAACCAAGGAGUCUGGGAAUAGUCUGGUUCUUCUUUUUAAAGUCAUCAGCACCAGAGCAGCCAGCGGACUCUACAGGGCGAUAACAGAAACGCAUGCAUUUUACAGGUGUGACACAGUGACUAGUGCUGUUAUGAUGCAGUACAGUCGAGAUCUUAAAGGACACCUGGCGUCAUUAUUUUUAAAUGAUAAUAUCAAUGUUGGCAAAAAGUAUGUGUUUGAUAUUAAAAGGACUUCAAAGGAGGUUUAUGACCAUGCCCGAAGAGCCUUGUACAAUGCUGGCAUUAUGGAUCUGUACCCAAGGAGUGACCAUAGUGGGCAGGGUUCCCCCCUCAAGACCUCUGAAAGUACUGUAAACUGUAACAGCUGCGAGAACCUCAGCUGUCAGCAAACAAAAGCACUGCAGGAUAAGCUGAGGAAACUGAAGGAAGCCAUGCUGUGCAUGGUCUGCUGUGAAGAGGAAAUCAAUUCUGCCUUCUGCCCAUGUGGGCAUAUGGUGUGCUGCGAGGGAUGUGCCACCCAAUUACAGUCAUGUCCAGUAUGCCGGGCUUCAGUGGAUCAUAUCCAGCACGUAUAUUUGCCAACACACACAAGCUUGUUAAACUUGACUGUUAUUUAAGCAGAAGAAAAACCUAAUUCUGCUUAACCUUUUGGACACCUUUAAUAAUGAGAAAAAUAAACUGUAUGUAUGUACAUUACCGUGAACUACACUACAAAAUGCUACAACCAUUGAAUUUGCUACAACUAAAGAAGAGAGAAGAUAAAUGCAGCUUUCUGCUGGAAGACCCCUGUUGACAAGGAGUCUUCUGUUUGUUUGCCUUGUAAAUGUUUUGAUAGCGGGAUGGCUAGUUCUUUUCUUAGCAAGCCUUUUAUUUUAAUUUUGACACUUUUGGAUUAUGGAGAACAUGGCGCAGUCCUGUUCUAAACAUACCCCAAUGGUAAACGAGAAGUUUUAGGUUUUUGUUUUUUAAAUAGGUAAAUUUUACAUUUAAGCCAUUUCCUUGCCUAUUUUUUUUUUAAACUAAAUAUUGGUGUACCAGUCAUCUGUGCUCAUGAUCAACGAUGGGUAUUCAUGAGCUUGCAGCCUAUUAAUUCACUGGAAACUUGUGAAACUGAGCUGCUACAUCCUAGUGAAUUGAGAUCUGUGUGGGUGGUACUGUUAAAGGGAAAUUCUAGGCAAUCUUUCUUUUUACCUGCAUUUUUACAUUGUUGGGCUGCAUUCAUGUGAGCAUAUUGUAGAUGCUUGUUUGUGCCUGUAUUAAAGACCCAAGCCUUGGCCUUACUGCGGACCUAGACAGAACCAAACUGAAGACCUGGUGACAUACAAUGCGAUCAGUUUGGGUGAUCAGACAAGAGCCCCAUACUACAGACAUGCAUCUGUAUUACGCUUAUGUGCUAGAGGUUUAGCUCUGUUUUGGUGAGGAGGGAAAUAAAAGAAAAGGGGGGGGGGGGUACUAUUUGUGGCCCGAAUAAGAAUACAGUAUUUUUAUAUAUAUAUUUUUUUUCUUGUUACCGAAUUCUUGACCUGCCUGCUAGUUUAUUUAUUUUUUUUGUUUGUUUUAAGGUUAGUUUUCUUACUUUUUAUUCGCUUACAUUGUAUAGAUUUUAUUUGUUUUGAUUCCCAUUAGUGAUAUUCCUUUAAAUCAGUAUUAGAAAAUAAUUUGUUCUUAGUGUUUUUUUUUUUUCUUUGCUUUUAAUUGUUUUUAAUGGGUAAAUAGCUUUGUAUUCUGGUAAUACUACUUGACUUUUUUUUUUUUUUUUUUUUUAGUAACAUAAUGAAUCAUAGGUCAAAGGGCACAAAACUAUUGGGUGCUACAUUAAAUUUUCUGUUUUGAAUGUCAGUUUUGCUAAAACAAUCAGGUUCAGUAUUUGUCCUUUUGUUCUUUUGCAUGUGUACAGACAUAGGGGGAGAUUUAUCAAUACCCAUGCAGAGAAAGUGGAACAGUUGCCCAUAGCAACCAUAGUGCUCCUUUAAUUCUUAAAUUUGCCUUUGGAAAAAAUAAUUCUGGUUGCUUUUGGCAACUGCUCUACUUUUCCCUCUGCACACUUCUUGCUAGAUCUCCCCCAUAGUAUUUUCGCUUGCAUACUGUUCACGAUCCUAAUUUAUGUUAUUACUUGGGCAUUAUGGUCACCUAGGAUAUUUACUAUACAUGUGUAGUAUCUGGGUUUUCACCCUGUUAAGAUCACUUUGAAAAUCUGGAACUCUACUCAGUUCUAUUGAGUCGAAAUUCUGCAACCCUGAGCUUUCCUACACAAAUAUAGUAAAAACAAAGAUGGCCAUAUUGGUGCAAUACCCUGCAAAUCUGAAGCUGGGAAUAUUAACACUGUCACUUUAUAGAAAGAUGUUCUUUAAAUACCUUUCUUAUUGCCUUAAUGUAGCAGUAAUUUGUUCCUUAUGCAUUUUGUUUCUUUGCACAGACAUUUUGUCAAAACGAAUUAGAAAAGUUGCUCUACUUUUUUAUGGCACAUUGAUGUAUAGCCUCGAAUUAAUAGAGGUAUUUAUUUUUUCACUUUGUAAAAUAUGGAUUUUGCUUCCACAUUCAACACUGGAUUCAUUUCCUGUCUAACGUGGUAAACAAUAUCUUGUCUUUUAUAUUUAGUUAAAUAAAGUAUUU